CGAGAGGCGCCGCAAUGAUGCUGCAGCUCCGCUUCUGUCCGCUGGACGGCGCGCGCGAGUCUCUUCAAAACCCCGCCAGCGGCAGCGCUCGCGAACAGAGCGGCGGGACAUCAAAGACAAAGUGGUUACAAAGUAACGGUCGCGACGCGUCAUCAAAGUCGCUGCGGGAAGAAUCAGAACGCGGAGCGUGACAGCCGACGGGUUUCCCGCGAGUCCGGGCUCUUACUGAACCACAGCGAAGACAAACGCGGGGAAAAGAGGAGCUGACCCGGUCAUCGCGUCCAGUUUCUGCUGCUGCUGCUGUUGCAUUCGCGGGCUGAAUGCACAUAUAUGCCAUGUUCACAGUAUAGAAAGACUCCAGACGCGGAUUACCGAACCCAUAGAUCCUAUAGAUCAUACAGGCUGUAAACCGUUGCUCCAGAACAGGAACAAGAGUUUGACAUCCUGUGUGUUUACACGACAUGGGAAAAAGACCCUCAUCUGUCCAGUAAGAAUGUUUUCGUUGAACAGAGAGAGGGAGCAGCCCUUCUUCAGCACUCGAGCUCAUGUGUUCCAGAUCGAUCCCGCCACCAAACGCAACUGGAUCCCGGCCAGCAAGCACGCGGUCACCGUCUCCUUCUUCUACGAUGCUAACAGACACGCCUGCCGCAUCAUCAGUGUGGGCGGGACCAAGGCGAUCAUCAACAGCAUAAUCAGCCACAACAUGACGUUCACGAAGACGUCUCAGAAGUUCGGUCAGUGGGCGGACAGCAGAGCGAACACUGUCUAUGGCCUCGGGUUCGCCACGGAGCAGCAGCUGCACCAGUUUGCGGAGCGUUUUAAAGAGGUGAAGGAAGCUGCGCGUCUGGCCAGAGAGAAAUCACAGGACAAGAUGGAGCUGAGCACCGCGGCUCUCAGCAUCGCAGCACCUCAGUUCUCUCAGGACUUGUGUGACGAGCUGCAGUCUCCUCCAGUGAUGUGUGUGAACGGACCGGAGGACAAACUCUUCCGGAGCCAGAGCGCUGACAUCACUCUGUCCUCAGAGAAGGAGCGCAUCAAGAAGAUGCUCUCAGAGGGCUCGAUCUGUGAGAUCAAUCUGGAGGCCGAGCUCUUCAGCUUACAGGACAGUAACGCUAAACUGGUGGCGGCGCUACAUGAGGCUAACGCUAACGUGGAGCAGUGGAAGAAACAGCUGGCGGCGUAUCAGGAGGAGACGGACCGGUUACGAGAUCAGGUGACGGAUCUGGAGGCUCACGGCGCUCAGGGACCCAGCGACAUGAUGAAAGACGAGCUCACUCAGUCCCUGGAGGAGCUGGAGAACCUGCUGAAGGCAAAGGACGAGGAGAUCCGUAUUCUCCAGAGUAAGAAGUCCAACUUCCACGAGCUGAAGCAGGAGAGAGAAGAAGCCAUUCACAGACUGCAGGAGCUGGAGAUGCGUAACGUUGAGUUGGAGCGGCGCGUGCAGAACGCCGAACAGAACCUGACGUCUGCGCUUGAGGAUCGCGAGCGCGCCGAGAACGAGGUCCAGAGGGUCGCUCAGAUCCUCGACAUCAAGAUCUUUGACCUCAAUGACCUUCGGCAGAGUCUGGUCCAGCUGAUCAGUAAAUAGUGCCACGUGAGAGACGGAUGCUCCGGGAUUAAAGUGUUCCUCAGUUCAUAAAGACCUGAAUGAAUCAGCCGUUCGAAUGAAUCAAUUGAAAGAAUGAUUCAGUCAGUGACUUGGCGCCACCUGCUGGCGAAUGUAGUGUUAACAUAUGAUUUCAGGUGUAUAAAUCAUUUAAUAUUUCUCUAUUCAAAAUGUUAUAUUUAAAAUAUUAACCUCCACAUGAAUCUAUGAAUUCAAUUGCACACAUGCCAUCUUUGAGCCAUGAAAAUGAAGCCAUUAUAAAGUAUAAAUAAAAUAUUACUGUAUAUCACUUUAAGGAGGAACAUGUUAUCACGUAUUAGGAAGGCUGAUUUUUUAUCAGAAAUUGUAAUUACUGGUCAGAAGGUGCUCUUAAAUUUUUACAUUAGGAGGGCAAGCGCUCCUGACUGAAAUUGUAUGCUAAAAAUGAAGCUAAAUCCUCCAGCAGGUGGCAGCAAGUCACUGAAUCGAUCACUGAAUCAUUCAUUCAAGUGAUUCGUUCGAACGACUGAAUCAUUAGCGAGCGAAUCAGUGUUUCUGAACUGAUGGAACACUUUAUUCUCUGUUCACUCUCUCUGCUUUCUCUUUCAUCUUGAAUUUGCACUGAAAAGAUCUUUCUGUUUCAGUUUAGCAAUAACUUUGGUGUUGUUACAGUACGCUUUAUUUUUGAUACAGAAACACUAGUACUGUGGAUCACAAGUAUGUUUUUUUCUUAAUUUUUUCUUUCAGUUCAUGCAUCAUGAAAAAUAGGGCUGAAUUUUUUUUUUUUCAUAAAUGCAUCAUGAACAAUUCUGGAUUUAUUCACAAAUAUAUAUAUAUAUAUAAUUGAAAUUUGAAUUGAAAGCAUUAAU